UCUUGAAAACAAACUGUUUAAUGUUAAUUAAUGGUAAUUACACUAACUGUUUUAGUAGAGUGACAAGUGUCAAAGGCACAACUUCUUUUCUACAGUAAUAAAAACAGUUUGCAAGAAAGAUGAUGAAAGCGGCAGAUACGAGUUCGGAAAAAAAAGACGGCAAAGAAUUACAAAGUGAGUCUGGUGGUGAUGAUGAUGAUGAUGAAAGUGGUGAUGGGGGAGGUGAUAAUUCCCGAAGGAAAAUGAUGGUUACUAGGGCUUCACGGCGCCAGUAUCGACAAGACACCAACAUAAAUGAAGGUGUUGAUGGCGGGAAGAAAGAGAUAAAUGAAGGGUUCAAGACGACAGAUGUGAAGGAUGUUAAUCUAACAGAAAAAUAUGACUGGAAAAAACGACGACCUCCUUCGAUAAACAAUAAAACUUGUUCUUCUGACGAGAAAACCCUCGAUAAGAACAGUACUGAUGGUAGUUCGGUAACGAGGGCAAAUGAAACUAUGAAAAACGAGAAAGCUCUGGCGGUAACUACUAGAUCGGGUGGGAGAAAUGGUCGUUCAGUGACAACGUCUUCUAAAGCUGUGACAAGAACUAAAGCUAUUCCCACCAUGAAAUCCUCUGCUCGCUUCAAAGCGACUAAAAAAAAGAAAAGGAAGCGGAAGAAGUGCAAUGAGUGGCAAAUGUACGAUGAGUCCGGAUGUUUGAUAUCUACGGGUAUAGAUAUGUGUGACUGUUUGGAUAUGGAUUGUCCCGGCUGUCACUUCCCUUGCCUGAAAUGUGGCUCGGAGAAAUGCGGUACGGAAUGUCGCUGUGAACGACCCUGGCUUUACGAAGAGGUCAAAAUCGAAGGUUCUGAACUCGUAAUUAUAAAUCCUACCUUAGAAAACAAAAUGAAAUCAAACUAACUGAAAAAUACAUGACACUUCCUUUAAGACUCAGUUUCUAGAUCCUAUACAAGGCAAAGCAACUAAGAUUGUGAUGUU